AUGAGGAACGGUCCAGAACGUGCAUUAGAGGAGGCGUCGCAUGUGUUGGUGGUGCAUGACUCGACGUUAACCGGUGACUAUAUUCACCAUCGCGUACUGCAUUUAUUACAUCGAUAUCCGCAUCUAACAUCAUCUUUAGUCAUCAAUAAAAUUGAUCUUGUUCAACGAAGAUCUGAUCUACUCGAACUUGUACGGAUUUUAUGCAAUAAUCAAGUUGGUGGUGAAGCGAUAAAAGUGAUGAAAAGUCGAAUGGGUCGAUUGGAAAAACUGGCUAGUGGAAGUGGAAGGAGAAGACGGAAUGAGGAGACAACGUUGACAUUGCAUAUGGACGAAGAGAGGGAGCGUAGUGAACAAUGGCGUACGAAAUACAGGUGA